CUUGGUUCAUCGAUUGAACCUAAGAGCACUUGUUGGGUCCUGCUGGGUUCGUCGAUCGAACCCAGUAAGUGUUCCUAGGUUCGCCUACUAGGUUCAUCAAUGGAACCCAACGACGCCUGCUGGGUUCGUCAAUCGAACCUAGCAAGCACUGUUUGGUUCGAUUGAAGAACCCCUGAUGAGUUUGAUUGAAGAAUGUUGGCCUUUCUAGGUUUAAUUGACAAAUGAUAGGUUCGAUUGAAGAACUGUUGCUGGGUUUGAUUGAAGAUACCUUGAUUUUUCUGGGUUUUUUGGAAGGUUGAAAAGGCAAUGACUAUUUUGGGGAGAUUCUGGGUUUAUGUUUGACGUUUGUGUUGUACUUGGAUUUGAUGUUAGAAAAUUUCUGGGUUUACAAAAGGUGAAAGAAAAGGAAGAGGAAGAAGAAGUGGUUGCUAGGUUCGAUUGCAAACCCAGCGCACCUGCUGGGUUCAAUUGACCAAGCGACUCUUGGGGUUCGAAAAAACCCAAUUGUGCUGGGUUCCUUUGAACCCAGCUUUCAAACCCAACAAAAGAGAGAAAUUGGAAGGGUUUAGAUCUAGUGUUGGGGGAGGGAUAGAGAGAGAAAAAAAAAAUGAAAGGAUGAAAUUCCAGGUUUCAUUGAGGGCAAUUGCAAGUUUCAUCUUUAGAGUUUGUAGGAGGCAAGGAAGAAGAAAGAGAAUUUUUUAAGUAUUUUUUUGCCAUAUCAUCAUUUUUUGCCAUGUCUUCCUGCCUGUAUUUAAUAUGUUACAUGGUAGUAUCAAUGAGAAUCAAAACAUGUAAACCCA